CCACCCCCUCUUCCUUAACGUUGUGAGCAUCUUUCUUUCAACUUUCUCUCCCUCUCUUUCUUCCUCUUUCUCUCACAAAUGUCUAAAAUCACAAUAACCUCUCCAAAACACUGUGGUGCCAAAGAAGGGUUGAAAAUUAAGAGCAACUACAAGAAGCUCUACUUCACUCUGUCAGCAUUAUUUACCUCAAUUCUGCUGCUAAUACUUCUCAUCUGGCUCAUCCUCCACCCUGCCAAGCCUCAAUUCUCCCUCAAAGAAGUUGACAUCUACCAGCUCAGUCUCUUAGGCCCCAACCUCAACUCCUCCAUCCAACUCACCCUCUUCUCCAAAAACCCAAACCAGAAAGUCGCCAUUUACUAUGACGAGAUUCAAGUUUAUGCAACCUACAAGGGCCAGCAAAUUACCGGUGACACUCCUGUGCCACCCUUCUACCAGGGCCAAGAAGAGAGUAACCUCAUAACGGCCUCUUUGGUGGGAAACAUUUUACCUGUGGCUCCCUCUCUCGGCUUCGAACUGGGUCGUGAUCAAACUGUUGGAAGACUAGUUUUGAAUCUCAAAGCCAAUGGAAAGCUUCGUUGGAAGGUCGGAACUUGGGUUUCUGGCCGUUACAGGUUCAAUGUUAACUGUGUUGCCAUCAAUGCCUUUGGACCCUCUGUUCCUUCUGCUCCUCUCAUCUCCAACCAAGGGACGCAGUGCUCUACCACACUUUAAAUUUUUUACCAUCUUCUUCCUGACUUCAAUGUAUAAAUGGUAAUGAUAUAAUCCAAGGCUUUCUUGUUUGCAGAUUUCGGUUGCCUUUGUACUGAAACGUGUUUUUGCAGCCGCUAAGUGAUUUGUAAAUAAAAUAUAUGUUAAUGAUAGGACAAAAAGUUACACUUUGUGAGUGAAAAAUGAAAAGAGAAUGCUUAUUAUCUUA